AAAUUCUCAGAUUAAGCGCAUAAAAUAUUAUUCAUAAAAGAAAUUGUAACAUAUCCCCUGUCUAUCUCUCUCUCUAUAUUAGAUUUUCGUCAUUGUUCUUCAUUCCUUAUGGUGAAAAACACACAACCAAUUUAUUGUCCAUUAUAUACUCUGCACCCUUUCUGAAAAUCACAGUCGAUGAACUGUUGAAAUGAUAAUACGAAAAAUCAAUCUGGUGCCGAUUAUCUGGUAAAUCAAUCUGUCUCUCUCUCAGGUUGGCCAUGGUGGAUUUAGGUGCUCUGUGAUAGUUGUUGUGUUUGGGGGCAGAGUGUUCCGUCUUGAGAGGUGUGGUAGUUCCGUUGGAGGUGGAUCGAGCUUUAGGUGGUCAAGCCUGGGAGGUGGAGCCAUGUUGGUUGGCCGAAAGGGGUAAUGAGCGGUGCAGCUAAAGAAAGAGGAAAAGAUGCUGUUAGAGUUAAAUUUAGCUUUGGUCCAGCCGAGUCUUGCAUUCUCUGUCUUCUGAAUUUGGUGAAUUGAGGAUGAGAUGGUUCAACAAAUGAUUGAUUCUAAGUUUAGUGAGUAUGGGCUGACAAAUACUGAAACUGGCUUGCCCAAUCAUGAUAAGCAAUUGUUAGUUCCAGUAGUUGCAAAGAAGAAAGCACUGAGGGAUUUGCAGAACGAGAAUACAAUUCUUGUGCCGCCAAAAUCUGCAGUAAUCACACUGUUUCCGAAGGAGAGUGGACCCACUAGUGAUGCUGGUAAGAUAUCUGGCACCAAGAGACCCACACCAGAGUGCCUGAUGAGCCCUUCCCACCAGAAAUGUCCAACCAGUAAUACUAGCAAUGGGCAUCUUGUGUAUGUUCGUAGAAAAGCUGAAGCAGAAUUAGGAAAAAGCAGUGCCUCUGACAUUACAAGCAAUAAUGUUGAUUAUUCACAAUUAAGAAAACUUGGUGACCAGGACAAGGCAACUGGACAAAAAUUGGGGAUGAAGGAUUCUAAGAUGUGUGUCCCAGAAGUUGCGUCUCUUACUAGAGCUUCUCUGAUUCCAAAUAUCUCCAUGUUAGUUGUGCCAAAUCUUCGACAGUGCUUCGAUCACUUUCCUCGGUUGAACUUAGCAAACAUGCUGUUGAACUGGAAUAGAGAUCGAUUCAGCUCUCAUUGGAGGAAGAGAGGCAACGAGUUCAAAUCUUGGAUGCCUUGGGGAAAUAUCCGAAGAAUUCUAGAGGAAUCUCAACCCAACAAGAUCAGUCAGAGAAGUGAGAGGAAACAUUGGACUGAAGAUGGUGGACUUGUUUCUUUUAUACUACUCGAUCAAUCCAAUCUUUUAUACUGCAACAUUACAGAACUUCAACUCUGCUCCUCACAGGACAAUCGAGAAAUCUUUCCGAGCUUCGAGCCUCAGGGCCCCGCUGGCAUCUUUCGCCUGCAAAAGUACCAUCAGAAACCCAGAAAGAAGAGAACCAAAUUGACCCGAAUCGACAACUCGGUAGGGGUUAGUUCCAGUGGCGUUACCAAGCCUAGGAAAUAUGGAAAGAAGCCAGACCCUAGUGCUCCAAAGAUUACUAGGCCGUGUAGUGAGUGUGGGAGGAAGUUUUGGUCAUGGAAGGCUCUUUUCGGGCACAUGCGCUGCCACCCGGAGCGCCAGUGGCGUGGCAUUAACCCUCCACCCAAUUUCAGCCGACCCCUGUUGCUUGACAACAAUGUAAAUGAUCUUGAAGCCCGAAUGUCCGAUGACGAUCGCGAAGUUGCAACGUGUUUGCUAAUGUUAGCAAAUGGGCCAAGCGCUUAUAAGACACCGGCAGUUACUCCUACUAGUACUGCCAAUCUAUGCUUAUCAGAAUGUGAGACUGUUGUUAGGGAUUUGGUGGUGGCUGGUGGGGAUGUAAAUGGGGCUGGUCCUUCUUAUCUGAACUGUCGAUUUGAGUGUUCCAGUUGCAAGAAAGUGUUUGGGUCUCAUCAGGCUUUGGGGGGUCAUAGGGCUAGUCACAAAAAUGUGAAGGGUUGUUUUGCGAUUACUAGGAAUGAUGGUGAGGAUGAUGAUCGCAUUGGUGAUUAUAGGAAUGGUGAAGGGGAGGUGAAGGACAAUGGGGAAGAUAAGAUGCUGAUGGUUGUAGGGCACAGAUGUAGCAUUUGCUUAAGGGUUUUCUCAAGUGGUCAAGCCCUUGGUGGGCACAAGAGAUGCCACUGGGAGAAAGUGGAUGAACCAUCAGAGCUAUCACAAGGGCUUACCCCUUUUAUAACAAAUGAGGGCUGUGGUUUGGACCUGAACUUGCCUGCCCCUGUUGAAGAUGAUUCGUCAUUGUCUUAUUCUUCAGGAUGCUCUUUGGAUCUAAGGCUAGGGUCAGACAUCAUAUUUGUACUGCUGAAACUCGACUUGGAAAGUGUUGAUGAUGGCUCCCAAAUUGGGAGUCACAAAUUUCCAGUCAAUUUAUUACGUUGA